AUGUCGCAAGAACCGGAGCAUGAAGCAGUGGCGGCCGCACCCGGUGAGGCUCUUCUUGCGCUGGCCACAAGGACAAGGGUGAAGGAAGAUCCGACUUUCCCGGAAACCUUGCCGGCGGUCCAGGCCACGGCGACCGAAGACUGGUCCAAAUGGUCCACGCUCCCGGGCGACCUCGUCCGCCGCAUCGCCGACUCCUUCCUCGCCACUGCUUCGCCAACAGCCACCAACGACGUCGACUACUACAUGUGCUUCCGCGCCGUCUGCCCCAGCUGGCGCGCCGCCACCGACGACCCCGACAACAACACCUCCGACGGCCGCUUCCGUCCGCUGGUUUGGAUAAUCCUCGACGAGGACUUCCAGGGCGACGGCAGGCGGGUCUUGCUCAACACCUUCACCGGCCGCAUCCUCCGCAAGAAGCUCUCGACGCUGCUCGAUUACUAUGUCGUGGGCACUAGUGCCGGCUUUUUCGUCCUGGCGGAUAGGAGCCCUCCUCACGCCGCUCGUGUCUUCAAUCCUCUCACUGGCUACGUGCACCGUUUCGCGGCGCCGGUGCCCCCCGACGUGGCCUUCUCCAACGUUAUCUCUUCUGACGGCUCUCUCCUGCUUUUCUUUUUCUGCGACUCAUCUCGCAAGAUUCACAGAGCCGCUACCAACGAUGAACAUUUCAGCGUUUCGCUACCACCGCAGGCAUCUUAUGAUAUCAUACGGAAGCUGGUUGUAGUGGACACCAAGACAGGUACACUACUCCUGCCUUUGGAAAGCAUCAACAGAUUUGCCAUCUUCAUAGGUAAUCACAGGUGCCUAGCUUUGGAUACUCAUAUAUUCCCAUCGAUUGAGGCAAACUGUGUCUACUUCACUGAACACCUGGAUUCGUCCGCUCAUAUCUGCAAGUGCAACAUCAAAGACCGGGAAGCAGAGAGGAUCUCUGAAGCUGCUGAUUUCGUGAAGCAGGACAAGAAGUUUGUCCUCGUUGGCAACCGCCCUUUCACGCUCAUCCAGCUUCUCUCCAGCUACACCAUCAACCGUCCGGAUUCUCAGUUGGCCUUGCAACAUGUGCCAUAA